GAUGCUCUUGCAUUUGAGAGUUUUGCGUAAUGGCUUGGGGAUGCUCUGUGUACGGAGAACGUACCUUCUGUCAAGGCCUGCCCAUUCUUCAUCUCAAAACCUUGAAUAUCGGCCAAUCAAAAAGGUCUUAGUAGCCAACAGAGGUGAAAUAGCAAUCCGUGUGUUCCGAGCAUGUACAGAACUAGGUAUCCGCACGGUGGCCGUGUACUCGGAGCAAGAUACAGGUCAGAUGCACAGACAGAAAGCAGAUGAGGCCUACCUGAUCGGCAAAGGACUUCCCCCUGUCGCUGCCUACCUUCACAUCCCCGAUAUCAUCAAAGUGGCCAAGGAGAAUAAUGUAGACGCUAUUCAUCCUGGGUAUGGGUUCUUGUCGGAGCGUUCAGACUUUGCCCAGGCCUGUGAGGAUGCAGGGGUCAGAUUCAUUGGCCCAACUCCAGAGGUGGUACGCAAGAUGGGGGAUAAAGUGGAGGCUCGUACUCUCGCCAUCCAAGCUGGCAUUCCAGUGGUUCCAGGGACGGAUGCACCAAUAUCCUCUCUGCAGGAGGCUCAAGAGUUUGCCAGGAUUUACAGCUUUCCUAUCAUCUUUAAAGCUGCAUAUGGAGGCGGUGGACGUGGCAUGAGGGUGGUCAGGGAGUACGAGGAGCUGGAGGAAAAUUAUCAAAGAGCGUACUCUGAGGCCUUGACUGCGUUUGGAAAUGGUGCCCUAUUUGUGGAAAAGUUCAUCGAGAAACCACGUCACAUUGAGGUUCAGAUCCUGGGUGAUAAGUAUGGAAACGUGAUCCACUUAUACGAGCGAGACUGUUCCAUUCAGAGACGCCAUCAGAAAGUAGUCGAAAUCGCCCCCGCUGCACUGCUUGACCCUCAGCUCAGAGACAGACUCACCUCGGAUUCAGUUAACCUCGCCAAACAGGUUGGCUAUGAGAAUGCUGGCACAGUUGAGUUCCUGUUGGACAAACAUGGAAAACACUACUUCAUAGAGGUCAAUUCCCGUCUUCAGGUGGAGCACACGGUCACAGAGGAGGUCACUGAUGUGGAUCUAGUCCAUGCUCAGUUGCGGGUGUGUGAAGGUCGAAGUCUUUCUGAGCUUGGCCUCAAACAAGACAAGAUUAGGAUCAAUGGUUGCGCAAUCCAAUGCCGCGUCACAACAGAAGACCCAGCCCGUGGAUUCCAGCCAGACACCGGACGUCUAGAGGUGUUUAGGAGUGCAGAAGGAAUGGGAAUUCGCUUAGACAGCGCAUCUGCAUUUCAGGGUGCCGUCAUAUCACCACACUAUGACUCCCUACUGGUAAAAGUAAUCUCCAGUGGUAAGGAUCUGCCCACCGCAGCCACAAAAAUGCUCAGGGCACUGGCCGAGUUCCGCAUUCGUGGGGUGAAGACAAACAUCCCCUUCCUGCAGAAUGUUUUGAGUAAUAACCAGUUCCUGAACAGCACAGUGGACACACAGUUUAUUGAUGAAAACCAGGACCUGUUCAACCUUAAACCCACGCAGAACCGUGCACAGAAACUCCUGCAUUACCUGGGACAUGUGAUGGUAAAUGGACCCGCUACUCCAAUCCCAGUAAAAGCCAAACCUUCUUCCAUUGAUCCAGUAAUUCCCUCUAUUCCAUUGGGACCACCUCCUGCUGGCUUUCGUGAGGUCCUAAUUAAAGAGGGUCCUGAAGGUUUUGCACGGGCAGUACGACAGCAUCAGGGUUUGCUCUUGAUGGACACCACCUUUAGAGAUGCUCAUCAGUCUCUGCUGGCCACCCGUGUCAGGACACACGACCUAAAAAAGAUUGCUCCGUAUGUCUCACAUAAUUUCAGCAAUCUCUUCAGCCUGGAGAACUGGGGAGGUGCUACGUUUGACGUGGCAAUGCGCUUCCUGUGGGAGUGUCCAUGGCGCAGACUGCAGGAGCUCAGAGCCUUAAUCCCUAAUGUGCCUUUCCAAAUGCUGCUUCGAGGAGCUAAUGCAGUGGGAUACACCAACUAUCCUGACAAUGCUGUUUUCAAGUUUUGUGAGGUAGCAAAGGAGAAUGGUAUGGACAUUUUCCGUGUGUUCGACUCACUGAACUACCUACCCAACAUGCUACUGGGAAUGGAGGCAGCCGGCUCAGCAGGAGGUGUGGUGGAGGCAGCCAUCUCCUACACAGGAGACGUCUCGGAUCCCAUGAGACAGAAGUACACUCGGGAGUACUACCUAAAGCUGGCUGAGGAGCUUGUCAAAGCAGGCACACACAUACUGGCUAUUAAGGAUAUGGCUGGCCUGUUGAAGCCCAAAGCAUGUGAUAUGCUGAUCAAAGAUCUAAGAGACAAAUUUCCAGAUGUGCCCAUCCACAUCCACACUCACGACACGGCAGGCGCAGGAGUCGCAGCCAUGCUGGCGUGUGCGGAGGCCGGCGCCGAUAUUGUAGACGUAGCAGUGGACUCCAUGGCUGGAAUGACUUCUCAGCCCAGCAUGGGGGCUGUAGUGGCCUGCGCCAAAGGCACCAAACUCGACACUGGGAUCUCUCUGGAGAAAGUCUUUGACUACAGCGAGUACUGGGAGGUGACUCGUGGUCUGUAUGCCCCUUUUGACUGCACAGCCACUAUGAAGUCUGGUAAUGCUGAUGUGUACGAGAAUGAGAUCCCAGGAGGCCAAUACACUAACCUGCACUUCCAGGCACACAGCAUGGGGCUGGGCAACAAGUUUAAAGAGGUGAAAAAGGCUUACGCCGAGGCCAACAAACUGCUGGGUGACCUUAUAAAGGUAACACCCUCAUCAAAGAUUGUGGGCGACCUGGCACAGUUUAUGGUUCAGAACAAUCUCUCUCGGACAGAGGUGGAGGAAAGGGCAGAUGAGCUGUCUUUCCCUCUUUCGGUGGUGGAGUUUCUACAGGGACACAUUGGCAUUCCUCACGGCGGUUUUCCUGAGCCCUUUAGGUCCAAGGUGCUUAAGUCACUGCCUCGUAUAGAAGGUCGUCCUGGUGCGUCAUUGCCACCCAUGGACUUCAAGAAACUGGAGUCUGACUUAAAGGUUGCAUAUGGAAAGGACAUAACACCUGAAGAUGUCAUGUCAGCAGCCAUGUACCCUAAAGUCUUCCAGGAGUUUAAAGAAUUCACAGCAAAUUUUGGUCCUGUUGACUGCCUCAGCACACGCCUAUUUCUGGAAGGGCCAAAAAUUGCAGAGGAAUUUCAGGUGGAGCUGGAGAGAGGAAAGACACUACAUAUCAAAGCUCUGGCCUUAGGGGAUCUGAACAAAGCUGGUCAGAGGGAAGUUUUCUUUGAGCUUAAUGGUCAACUGCGGUCCGUCCUGGUCAAAGACACAGUGGCCAUCAAGGAGAUGCACUUUCAUCCAAAGGCUUUGAAGGAUGUGAGGGGUCAGGUGGGAGCCCCCAUGCCAGGAAAGGUGGUGGAGGUAAAAGUAAAGCAGGGUCAGAAAGUGGAUAAAGGCCAACCACUCUGUGUGCUCAGUGCCAUGAAGAUGGAGACAGUGGUAAACUCCCCGCUUUCAGGAACUGUGGCCAAAGUUUACAUCAAACCAGACAGCACUUUGGAGGGGGACGAUCUGAUCCUAGAGAUCACAGAAUAACGGCAUAGGGUCAUAAAUGGGACAAAUAGUGCCCUUUGGGUCAUCUGAUGAAAUAUAUAUCAUGGAAUAAUUUGCAGUUAAAUGAUUGACAAUCAUAAAAGUAUUCAUUUAAAAUACAUUAUUAAUUUAAUUAAUUAAAAAAUUAUUGUUAUUUUAUGUAAUAAUGGUGUACUUUUUAUAUACUGUGUUAAAAAAACAUUGACAUUAAUUAUUAAUUCAUUAUUAUCUGUUUCUAUACGUAGUCACAUUAUAUUCAGCAUUAAUUUUAAUAAAAAUCUGAUGUAUCUGUC